AUGGCGUCUGCAGCGAUAGUAGCGCAGCCGCUUCGGUUGCCCUCCCUCCUCCCCCGACUCUCUCUUCCGACUCUUCUUCAAGCACCCAGUGCAUGGUCCCACAGUUUGCGUCAAUUCACACACCCGCUCCUUCCGAGGCUAGCAAUAGUCAUCCCGGCGGUUCAGCUCAACAUCCCAGCCUGGCUGGGCGAUAUUUGGGAGUCGAUUCUCCGAGCCGUGCCGAAGAAGAAGACGACGCACUCGAAGAAGCGCAGUAGGCUCAUGGCAGGCAAGGCACUAAAGGAUGUCACGUCGCUUUGCAAGUGCCCGGGCUGUGGUCAGGUCAAGAGACAACACGUCCUCUGCCCUCACUGCAUGGAGCAGAUUAAGACCAUGUGGCGCUCUGAAAACCCAAGCGGGAAGUUUGUAUGA